UCGCGGGAAAAAAAUCAGAGCAGCUGGCAGCGCAGCGGGCAGUGGUGGCCGUCCGGGGGCUCGGGAUCGCACGCACGUCCGCGCGGGGUCCCAGCCACACACGCGGUUCCUUUGCCAUCCUCAGAAGGGCCGGCGCACAAUCAGGCGAGUGGAUCGUGAGCGGUCAGGCGGAUUGAGCACCAGCAGGCACCAUGUGGAUCCAGGUUCGCACCAUGGAUGGGAAGGUGGCCCACACUGUGGACUCCUUGUCCAGGCUGACUAAAGUGGAAGAGCUGAGGAAGAAGAUCCAGGAGCUGUUCCAUGUGGAGCCAGGCCUGCAGAGGCUUUUCUACCGGGGCAAGCAGAUGGAGGACGGCCACACACUGUUUGACUAUGACGUCCGCCUGAACGACACCAUCCAGCUGCUGGUCCGGCAGAGCCUCGUGCUGCCCGCCCCCAGCGGCGGUGGCACCGGCGGUGGCAGCAAGGAGAGGGACUCGGAGCUCUCCGACACGGACUCCGGCUGCUGCCUGGCCCAGAGCGAGUCUGACAAGUCCUCCAACAGUGGCGAGGCCGCCGCCGAGCCGGAAGGGAAGGCCGACGAGGAUGAGUGGGAUGAGACGGAGCUGGGCCUCUACAAGGCUGGCGAGUACGUGGACGCGAGGGACACGAACAUGGGCGCGUGGUUUGAGGCCAAGGUCAUCAGGGUGACGAGGAAGGUGCCGGCCCAGGACGAGCCCUGCAGCUCCACCUCCAGCCCGAAGCCGGAGGACGACAUCGUCUAUCACGUGAAAUACGACGACUACCCGGAGAACGGAGUGGUCCAGAUGAACUCACGGAACGUCCGGGCUCGCGCCCGACACAUCAUCAAAUGGCAGGACCUGGAGGUGGGCCAGAUGGUCAUGGUCAACUACAACCCUGACAACCCCAAGGAUCGCGGCUUCUGGUACGACGCGGAGAUCCUGCGGAAACGUGAGACCCGGACGGUGCGGGAGCUGCACGCCAACGUCAGGAUCGGGGAUGAUUCUCUCAACGACUGUCGGAUCAUCUUCGUGGACGAGGUUUUCAAGAUUGAGCGCCCUGGCGAGGGGAACCCCAUGGUGGAAAACCCGACAAGAAGGAAGAGCGGGCCCUCUUGCAAGCACUGCAAGGACGACGAGCGGAAGCCGUGCCGCAUGUGCGCCUGCCACCUGUGCGGGGGCAAGCAGGACCCCGACAAGCAGCUGCUGUGCGACGAGUGCGACAUGGCCUUCCACACGUACUGCCUGUGCCCGCCGCUCAGCAGCGUCCCCGCUGAGGAGGAGUGGUACUGCCCCGAGUGCCGGAUCGACUCCAGCGAGGUGGUGCAGGCAGGCGAGAAGCUGAAGGAGAGUAAGAAGAAGGCGAAGAUGGCGUCGGCCACGUCGUCCUCGCAGCGGGACUGGGGCAAGGGCAUGGCGUGCGUGGGCCGCACCAAGGAGUGCACCAUCGUGCCGUCCAACCACUUCGGCCCCAUCCCGGGCAUCCCCGUGGGCACCAUGUGGAGGUUCAGAGUCCAGGUCAGCGAGUCUGGGGUCCAUCGACCUCACGUGGCAGGCAUCCACGGCCGGAGCAACGAUGGGGCGUACUCCCUGGUCCUGGCUGGAGGGUAUGAGGAUGACGUGGACCACGGGAACUCGUUCACGUACACAGGUAGCGGUGGACGAGACCUUUCCGGUAACAAGCGGACUGCAGAACAGUCUUGUGAUCAGAAACUCACCAACACCAACAGGGCGCUGGCUCUGAACUGCUUUGCCCCCAUCAACGACCUCAAAGGGGCCGAGGCCAAGGACUGGCGGUCUGGGAAGCCGGUCCGGGUGGUGCGGAACGUCAAGGGCCGCAAGCACAGCAAGUACGCCCCCAUCGAGGGCAACCGGUACGACGGCAUCUACAAGGUCGUGAGGUACUGGCCCGAGAAGGGCAAGUCCGGCUUCCUGGUGUGGCGCUUCCUCCUGCGCAGGGAUGACAUCGAGCCGGGGCCCUGGACCAAGGAGGGGAAGGACCGGAUCAAGAAGCUGGGGCUGACCAUGCAGUACCCGGAAGGCUACCUGGAGGCCCUGGCCAGGAGGGAGAAGGAGAAGGAAAACAGCAAGAGGGCAGCCCUGGAGAAGGAGGAGGACGGGGAGGAGGGCUUCCCGUCCCCCAGGAAGGGCAAGCGGAAAAGCAAGUCGGCUGGAGGCGACGGGUCCUCGCGAGGGGCACCCAAGAAGACCAAGGUGGAGCCCUACAGCCUCACCACCCAGCAGAGCAACCUCAUCAAGGAGGACAAGAGCAACACAAAGCUGUGGACGGAGAUCCUGAAGUCGCUCAAGGACGGGCCGAAAUUCCUGAGCAAAGUAGAGGAGGCGUUCCAGUGUAUUUGUUGCCAGGAGCUGGUGUUCCGCCCGAUCACAACCGUGUGCCAGCACACCGUGUGCAAGGAUUGCCUGGACAGGUCCUUCAGGGCCCAGGUGUUCAGCUGCCCGGCCUGCCGCUAUGACCUGGGCCGGAGCUACGCCAUGCACGUGAACCAGCCACUGCAGGCUGUCCUUAACCAGCUCUUCCCUGGCUACGGGAGCGGACGGUGAUCCUCAAGCACUUCUCGCCGGGUGUUUUUUUAAAAAAACAUUAUCGGGGGGGGGGUGUCUGUGGCCCCCAUUUUAUUUUUAGUGAGCUUAACUUAAACAUGUAGUUUUUCCUCCACUCCCUAAAAAAAAAAAAGCCUCGUCUUCCCGGUUUGGUCUUUUUUUUUUUUUUUUUUUUUAAUCUAUAAAAUUUUCAGGAAUUUGUAUUAUGGCUCAAAGGAAGGAAGAAAGUCGGACUUCUCCGUGUUUUUAUUUUGGUUUUAAAAAUAAAUAAAUUAAAAGCCUGCAAUUUAUCAGCGGAAAAAAAAAAACCCUAAAAACGAAAAAACAAACAAAAAAAAAAUUGUUUUUCUUCUGAGGAUGGAAUUAGAAACAACUUGGCGUGAAGGCCACUGAAAUUCCCAGCAUCAGGUUCUCAGCUGUUCUGGCCGCCGACUCGCAAGACGGCGCUGGGCUGCCUAGAACAAUCUUUUCAAGGUUGGUGGGUCAGGCCCCCAGAGGUGAAAUCCCGCCUGGCGGUGGCCCUGGGUGUGGUGUUGGCCCUGCGUCGCCGGCAGGAAAGUGUUCAAAGGAAAAGCGGAGAGGUCCCUUUGGGCACAGUUGAACCCCCCACCUCCAAGCCAUCCCCCAACGGGCUGCUUCCGCGUCCCCACCAGCCACCCAAGCAGAGAGCUGGGGCCACACUGAAGCUACCUCCGCUGGACUCUUUCCCUCCAUGGGGGCCGAUGGGCGGCCCAGCGACGUCCCCUCUGGACGCCACGGAAGCAAACGCCUGGGGCCACGUUCAAGUGCCUUUGGUCCCUCCUUCCUUCUUCAACGCGGUGCUCUUUCUCAGCACUGAAUUGUUGACAGUGCCAACCGGAAUCUCAAACUGUGGUCCUCCAGCGCCUCCCUGGGGACCCCGGGUGAGCGAGUGGGGACGAUGGGACUUUUGUCGAUCCUCAAAGUUGAAUUUUCAACUCGCCAAUUGGGAAUUACAAGAGGGAAACUUUAAAAAAAAAACAAAAAAAAACACCUUUUCUAAAUGAAAUUUUUUUUGUAGUUACUGUACAUGUACCGAGAAAGCUAAUAACUUAGGGUUUGGUUGUGUUUUUUUGGGGGGGGGGAGUUUUGUGUUUUUUGGAAUGAUUUGUUAAUGUUUCUAACUUGACCAAAGUUUGCAGCUUAUACCUCAACAGAACAGGGAUAUUUUAAAUCACAUAACUGCAGACAAACUGGAGCGAUAUCGUUUUAAAAGUUUCUCUUUUUUUCCUUAUUAUUAGGUGCUUAAUGUAUUAGGAAUAAACGACGAAAUCCUGUGUAGGCUUUUUUUAUGAAGUUCAAUAUUCUCUGUCCAGGUUUUAGAUUCUCAGAAUAAAUGCCUUUUACAGAUGCA